UUACACUGGUGAGGUCAGCAUCAUGCUUCAAUUUAAAGCGCAGAGGGGAGUUUCGUGACAGCUUCGAGUGCUGGUUAUUUUAAUAGAGAGUGAUUUGGGAAGCAGACCGCGCUCUCGCGAUGGAGUCGCGCGCCGCCAAAAGAGAAAUCAUUCAGAGGGUGUUUGUGAACCGGAGUUUGACGCUUGAAAACAUCAAGUGCUAUGGCUUCGACAUGGAUUACACUCUGGCAGUGUAUAAGUCUCCAGAGUAUGAGAGUCUGGGCUUUGAGCUGCUCAGGGACAGGCUGGUGUCUAUUGGAUAUCCACACGAGCUGCUGGGCUACACCUACGACCCCACGUUCCCCACACGAGGUCUGGUGUACGAUACCACGUAUGGUAACCUGUUGAAAAUAGACUCCAAUGGAAACAUCCUGGUAUGCACUCACGGCUUUGAGUACCUGAGAGGUGAACAGGUAGAUGAGUAUUAUCCAAACAAGUUCAUCCAGAGGGACGACACGAACCGCUUCUACGUCCUCAACACGCUUUUCAACCUGACAGAGACGUAUCUGUAUGCGUGCCUGGUUGACUUUUUCACCAAAACCAGCAGAUACAAAAAUUGCAUGAAAGGGUUCAAACACGGUGACUUGUUCAUGUCACACAGAAGCAUGUUUCAGGACGUGAGGGACGCCAUGGAUUACCUUCACGAAACGGGGACUCUGAAGGAAAGAACUCUGAAGAACCUGGACAAGUAUAUGAUUAAAGAUCCUCGUCUUCCUGUGUUACUGGGCCGAAUCAAAGAGGUCGCCAAAGUGUUCCUGGCCACUAACAGUGACUUCAAUUACACCGAGGCAAUUAUGAAAUACUUACUGGAUUUUCCGUCUGGCUCUAAGAACCCCAAGAAACCGUGGCGCUCCUACUUUGAUCUGGUGGUGGUGGACACCAAGAAGCCCUUGUUCUUUGCAGGGGGCACAGUGUUACGACAGGUAGACACGGACACUGGGAAGCUGCGUAUUGGCACAUACACCGGAGACUUUCAGCAUGGGACGGUGUAUUCUGGAGGAUCUUCUGAUAUCGUCUGUGAUUUGCUGGAUGUUAGGGGGAAAGACAUCCUCUACGUGGGGGAUCACAUCUUCGGCGAUAUCCUCAAGUCAAAGAAACGUCAAGGCUGGAAGACUUUCCUGGUGGUUCCUGAGCUUGUGAAGGAGCUGCAGGUGUGGGCUGACAAAGCCAGCAUGUUUGAGGAGUUAAAACACCUUGACAUCUUCCUGGCAGAAUUAUAUCAACAUUUGGACAGUGGAAGUCAAGAGUGUCCGGAUAUAACUGUAAUUCAGAACAGGAUAAAGAUGGUGACGUACGGCAUGGAUCUGUGCUAUGGGAAAAUGGGCAGUCUUUUACGCUGUGGCUCCACAAAAACCCUCUUUGCCAGUCAGUUACUGCGCUAUGCUGAUAUCUACUCAACCUGCUGCCUAAACCUCCUGAACUACCCCUUCAGCUUCCUCUUCAGAGCCCCUCUUGUCCUGAUGCCACACGAGGCCGCAGUGGAGUCUCAGACUAAAGAGCAGAUCCCAGAGCUGUCCGAGCACAUGCUCAGAUCCUCCAGCAUCACGCGGCAGUGUGAGUGUGAAGACGGUGACUGUGGACAAGAAGAGAACUGUGCCCGAAAUAACCCACCUACAUCCACAGAGACAUGAGGACUGAAUUCUUUCUUUAUUCUGUGUGUUUUGUACUGCUGUAAAAAUGUUUGACUUUAACAUUAUCCAUUCCUGUGUUUAACCUGAGUAUUCAUACACUGCACCUGUGUGGUUGAUUUGCAGUAUUAGCUUUAACUUCUGGCAGGUAAUUGUGAUUUAAAAGGAAUUUUUAAGUUUUUUAAUGUUAAUAAGUACUUUAAGUUAAAAGCUUUUGUGUUGUUAUUUGUAAAGCAAGUGUAAAUCUUUAUUUAACCAUUUUAUAAAACUUUUAUAUUCUGUGUAUUUAAGACCUUUGGUAGAAUGUAUUUUGUACCUCAGUCAUGAACGCAUGAAAACUGGGUUGAAGGAUUUUGAAAUCAAAUGUUUAUUUGCAUACGUUUAUCAUAUCUCCUCCCAUGACAGAAUCACAGUAAUGCAGGGAUUGACAUAAUUAAGUAGAAAGUCAUUUUUAAAAAACAUUCGAUAACUUAGUCCUAGGGUAUACCUAUUUAUGUAUUUACUAUUUUUCAGAAGCAUAUGGAAAAAAAAUAUUAAAGCGCUAUAUUUUAGA